CGUGAAGGCCUAAACUAAAAUCAUCUCAGUUUUGGAUUCUGGAACACAAUUAGAUCCUUCUUCCCAAAUGGCGGAAACCGAAGUCAUAUCUACCUGCUUAGUCGGAGCUGCUGCGGCGGCUUCUGAAACCUCAAACACCGUGGCGAGGGUGCACUUAACGCCGUGGGAUCUGCAGUUCCUCCACAUCGGACCCAUCCAGAAAGGCCUCCUCUUCCGCAUCCCCAGCUCCGCCGCCCCGGGAUUCAUUCCUCGCCUGAAAACCUCUCUCUCAUCCGCCCUCGCUUUCUACCCUCCCCUCGCCGGCCGCUUUGCGGCCGAGCCCAACCCCGUGGAUGGCACCACUUCCCUCUUCGUGGAUUGCAACAACGCCGGCGUGGAGUUCGUCGAAGCCAAGGCCGCCGGCGUCACCGUCGCCGCCGUUCUUGAUCCCUCCAAUAACAACGUGCCCGGAAUCGUCCGAUCGUUCUUUACCCUCAACGGAAUUCGCAACGUGCACGGGAUCUCCAAGCCUCUGAUGGGCGUCCAGGUGACGGAGCUUCACGACGGCUACUUCAUCGGAUGCACUCUGAACCACACCCUCGCCGACGGCACUUCCUUCUGGAACUUCUUCCGUUCUUGGUCGGAACUAUCCCGCGGUCUCCCCCAUCUUUCCACGCCUCCCGUCCACCACCGCUGGUUCCCGGACAAUUUUCCCCGUCCGGUUCCUAUCCCCGGCGAAAUAUCGUUUCCGGGCAACCUCCCGCCCUCCCUCCUCCCGGAGAGGGUGUUCCACUUGAGCAAAGAAAGCAUCGCGAAGCUCAAAGAGAAAGCCAAUUCCGAAAUGGGAAUGCCCCAAAACUCCAUCUCCUCCCUGCAGGCCUACACGGCCCACGUAUGGCGGUCCCUCACCAGAGCCCGACGCCUCGAUCUAGACGAAGACGUCCACGUCAUCAUGGGCGUGGGAACGCGGGCAAGGGUACCCCUCCCCGAAGGGUACUGGGGAAACGGCGCGUACAUGGUGAAGGUGACGGCGAAAGCAGGGGAGGUGUUGAACAGGGGAUUGGGGUGGACGGCGUGGCAGCUCAAGGAAGCAGUGGGAAAACAGAGCAGCGAGGAAGUGGAAAAACACUACAGGAAUUGGGUGAGAUCAUCGGAUCUGUUCGGGGAGGGGGAGCUUUUGUCGGCGAACGCACUGCUCAUGAGCAGCUCUCCGAGGUUCGACGUGUACGGCACCGACUUUGGUUGGGGGGAAGCGGUGGCGGUGAGGAGUGGCGGCGCGAAUAAGCCGGACGGGAAGGUGACGCUGUAUGGCGGACAGGAACAGGGGAGUGUUGAUAUUGAGAUGUGCAUUGAUGGCAGGACAUUAGAGGGACUGGUAAAGGAUCCUGAUUUCUUGGAGUAUAUACGGAUUCAGUAAUUCCAUGUAUUUUCUGUAAUUCCAUGUAUUUUCUCACAGCAGGCGAGGCACACACAGACACAUAGGGUCUCUUUGGGAAUAGCGUUAAAGAUUAGUGUUAACGUUUUGGAUAAAAUUUUAACGGUGCAGAUUACUUUGAAAACGCUAACGCUAAACGCUGCCCGUAGAUAGUCUUUUCAAAACGCUAACGCUAAUCGCUAACGCUAUUCCCAAACAUGCCCAUAAUCUUUAUGCUUGGACAGAUAUUUUGUGUGUCUAUUUUUGGCUUGGUGU